AUGGUCAAAAUCGCCAUCGCCGGCGGCUCGAGCGGAGUUGGCCAGGAGAUUGUAGAGGAUCUUGUAGCAGCCAAGAAGCAUGAGAUUCUGCUCCUCACACGCAAGUUUCCCGACGGCACCGAACCCGCCCAGGAUGGAGUGACCUGGGUGCACGCCGACUACGGCGACGUGUCGCAGCUGGCUUCCCUCCUCCAGGGCGUCCACACGGUCCUGUCGUUUGUCAUCCCGUCGAUCAACACGACGGGCAAGAGCGACGAGCAAAAGAACCUCGUCGACGCCGCCAUCCGGGCCGGAGUCAAGCGCUUCGCCCCCAGCGAAUGGGUCGGCUGGAACCUCGACCCGGCGCCCUGGUAUCAGUACAAGAAGCCCAUGCGCGAGUACCUAGCGGAGGUGAACAAGGACGCCAAGGUUCUCGAGUACUGCCUCUUCCAGCCGGGCUUUUUCACCAAUUACCUCGUCCACCCGCGCCGGACGACCAAGCACCUGCAGACCCUGGAGCUCAACCUCGACUUCCCCAACCGCCGCGCCAUCGUCGCCGAGGGCAGCGAAAACUCCCACAUCACCCUGACCACCGUCCGUGACCUCGCCGCCGUGGUGGCCCUCGCCGUCGAGUAUCCAGGCGAAUGGCCGGUCGUCGGCGGCAUCCGCGGCGAGCACAUGACGGUGGGGGAGCUGCUGGCCCUGGGGGAGCGGAUUUACGGCAGGUCUCCUCUAUCGAACUUGGGGCUCGCCUGGAACGACCUCGAGGCGGGCAUUCUCAAGUCUUCGUGGAGGCCCGAACCGGACCAUCCUGCGGUCCCCAAGAACAUGACCGAAGCCGAGAAGGAUUUUGUUCCUGCGCGGUUCGCCAUGAACAUCAAGGCGGAGGUGCUUGCGUCGUCUGAUGAGUGGAACAGGUUGUUGCCCGACUACAAAUUCACCAAGGUGGAGGAGUUUAUAACGGGUAUCGUGGGUCAGAAAUGA